AUGGAUUUGGUUGUAGCUCCAUGGUGCAAACAGUUAAACGUUAUCUGUUUUUUACUACUUCUCCAAGCUACCACAACUCUUUCUCUUUCUUGUCCCUUAAAUUGCAAAUGUGAUGAGUACAGAGCAGUUUUACACGUAGACUGCUACAACGUCUCCUCUUUGAAAACCAUACCUUCUGGCAUCCCAGCAAAUGCACGCAUACUGUGAGUAUAACUUAAGUUUAUUUGCUUCCUAACCUUUGAUACAUGUCUUGUUAUCAAAUCAUAAAAUUUUGUCACCUUUCAGAAGCGAUUUGUUGUUUUAAAACAUAGUGGCGAGGAUUUCAAAUGGCGUGAACAUGGUCGAUAAAAUUCAAUUACCGUGUGCUGUCGAACCUUUAACCAGUCAAUCGCAGUCAGUCUUUUAACAUCAACAUGUCACUCUUGCAAACCGGAUUGCUGAAGCAUUUGCUUCCAUUUAGAUCGAUUCGAUAAUGAAAGUUUCUCGGACACGCCGCAGCGGGAAAUCGAAAUUCAGUGUUAUUCGGGACAAUUUGUUUAAUCCAAAUAGUUUUCUGGUUUUGCCGUUUACUUGCUCAGAGUUUGAAAGAAUUCCUGAAGUAAGCGGUUGUAACAAAUGUUCGUUUCGAUAAGCAAACAUUUGACAGAUUAUCAAAAAUGUUUAGGAAGGCGAAUGCAGAUAGUUGCUUAUUACUUGUCGUCGUCAAUAAACAAUGGAAGUAAAGUUCUCUUUAUUAAUAUUCACUGUCCUGAAAAAACUAAUGUUGUUCUUUAUUUCGCUCGAGAUAACAGGAGCUGUAUCUAAAACACGAUUUUUUUUAAUGUAAACAAAGCAUAAAAUGCAGAUGACAAAAACGGCAUAUGAACACAAAGUCUGAAUUGAAUAUAAGCACUUCAAACUUUAGACCUUGUUCCUCGCAUUUUUAUGAACGAAACUUCUUUCUUGUUUGGUUCAAUAGUAAACUACUUUAUAAAUUUCUCUGGCUCACACGUUAUUUCUCGCUUUUGUUUUCAUCGUAGGAUAUUCAGCAAAACGCAGAUAUCACUGAUUCAGAAGAACGCCUUUCAAGGAUUGCCUAAUGUCACUGAAAUGUAAGUUAUUUUUGUUGUAUAUUUCUUGACAUUGUGUGACAACGUCGCCUUUUAUUACCGGCGCAUAUUUUCUGGAGCUAUCUUUUGUACAAGAUCAAAACCUACUUCCUCAGCAGAAAGAAAUAAAUACACACACACGUAGAAUGUACAAGUACUAAUAAAACAUGAUUGUAUGUUGUCGGAAAUCGGCUUUUUUUAGAAGAUGUGGCAAGAAAAGGAGGAAUAAAUAUCGCGAAAAUCAAAAUACCGGUUUCACCAAAAAUCCACAUUUGUUAUGCAUGGCAGGUUUUUAAUAGAGAGGGUGUUCCUAUAGGCCACAUUGAAUCAUCUCUUGAGACGCUUGUCGAAUUUUUUAAUUAGCAAUAACCUAUACUAUUUCAAACUGCCUAUAUCAAUUUUGCUUAUUAAGCCUGUUUUGGAGAAUGUUUGGUUUGGUUACUUAAAUAGAAAAUAUUUUUGGAACCGCGUGAAUAAGUGCAAAAUUUUCCAUGUGUUUUUUUUUUCCGCGCAGAUUUUCUCAGAUGCUUUAACGUGCUUCGUUAAGUUCUUAAACUCUGUUGAUAAGAUUCAAUGAAUUUAUUGCCACUUAGACAAUAGAUAAUACUGGAUAAAUAAAUUAUUAAAGCUCUCACAGAACUGAUUAGUUAUAAACUGAAAUCGAGACAACAACUCUGAGAGUAAUAAGAAAACUAAUGAAAAGUACCUAGAAAUUAAAUCGAAAUUAGAAAGCUUUUACUCGCAAAGAUAGCGUCACGCGUUCCAAACAACUUUGCCAAUUAAUUUCUCAACCGAUCAUUCCAGAAGGCUGGUUCAAACAGACAAAUAUAUUACCUAGAUUGAUACUUCACUUCACAAAAUACAUUGUGCAAUACUUAAUAGUUUACAUUCUUAAGUUUCUUUUUGUAAAAAAUCAGGGACAGUAUGAUCCAUCCUUGCCCAAGGCAAUCUCAAAAAUAGCUUUUUGUAAAUAUAACAGAAAAUCACCUCUUAUGUUAAAUUGCUUAUCUCUGCGGAAUAGUGUCUGUUUGGUAUUGUUUCCUAACCUCAUCGCAGAAUAUUAUAAAAUGAACUUCAUAAACAAAUCCAAACAAUUUUCGAGGCUUUUAGCACUCCAUUCAGCGCCAUUAUUCUCAAGCAAUCUGUCGGCGUUUGUGAAGUUCAAUGAACUCGUUCGUCUAUUCUGUUCUUUUAAUUAAAAAUAUGCCAAACAGAUUAACAAACGAUUAUAACACCCAAUGCUAAAAGGCGGGCCCAGUGUGUGGGAUUUGAAUAAAUUAGCUAUCAAAAAGUAUAGAAGUAAACUGGCGGAAAGUUUCAAGGAAUAGAUUGGGCUUCAAUGAAGAGUUAUUGAGAAGCUAGUUGGUUUUUUAGGAGUAAAUACCAUGAAACUUGUAAUCAAAAACAACGCAAAUCCACGGUUUCACUUCAAUCUGUGAUUCUUGGGUAAACUAAUCUAUCCGUUGCCUAGAGCGAGGGAGAAAUCAGAAAAAUCCUGAUCGAAGUGACAAUGCAAGACUUGAAUAGGCUAUUAUUCCAAUAAUGAUAUUAAUUUACCGGGGUAUUUCAAAGUGUUACAACCGUAGUAUGUUCUAGUAAAACGAAAAAUGUCUUCACGUACUCCCUGGGGCUUAUAUCAUUUACGUAAGUGGCUGUCUCGACAUUAUGCAAAUGAUGAAUUGAAGAGGUUAGAGAUCGUGUCAAGAAUACUUAUCGUUACUUUGUAAGUGUUGGGUUUUUAUAUUAGCCUCUUUGGAUAUGAAUUGAUAAAGAAGUUCAUAUUGUAUCAGUGUCAAUCUCUCUAACUGGCUAAGCAUUUAUUGACCUAAACCAAAGAUGCAAAUCUUUGGCUUGCGUUUUUAAAAUCACCAAAUUUGUGCUUUGAGUACAUGAAGAGCACGGCAUACCCUGUUUGAUUACGCAGCUGUCGAUGAAACAUAGAUCAAAAGACUGGCGUCCUGAAUCGCCAUACAAUGUGUUUUGCUACUCUUUAACAAUCGUUUCAUACUUUCUUUUUUUCUCUUUUAAAUACAACUGAUCCACAUUUUAGAAAUUCCUGUAGCAAAAUCGACUCGACGUAACCUUGACGCUAGAGUCAGAUUUCCGGCUUUCCAAGCACUUUGUUGUUUAAGAUCCGUAUCCCGGUAUAUUCUAUAUUGAACAUGGUCACCGGAUUGCUACUUAAAUAACUGACGCCUCGGUAGACUCUCUCGUGGAAAUAUAGCGAAGAUAUUAUUAGAUAUGAUCAAUACGGUUGUUUUCUUAAAUAUUUCGCAUAAAUCGGACUUUUGUUGUACCUGAGUGUCUGGGCAAAACUAUUCAAACUACUUGAGAAGAAAUUUGUAAAAUGAAAGAUAGAAUCCCUCGUUUUUUACAACUUUUGAUGAUUAAUGAAAAAAAAAAAAAGAGUAUCUUAUGUGCUAGAUGUCGGAUCAGUAUAAUCAGACUUGCAGAAAAAAAAUUUUUUCCUUUAAACCAGAAAUCCUUCGCCAUUGAUUCAUUUUUUCUUACUGGCCAAGAAAAAAAAGAGUUUAUCUUAUUCUUGAAUACAAAAUGAAAACGCUUUUGCCGCACCCGGUCGGAUCAAACAUCAGUAUUUCAACACUAUGUGAAUACACUAAUGUAGACACACGCCAUCAAAUAGCGAAAUGCCUAUAAGAUAAUCUGCAGUGUAGGCCUUAUGUGGAGAGCGCGCGGUUUUUCGAGCAUACUUCAAAAAUGCGGGCAGCGGAGUCUCGACUUUUCCAAUUACUAUUUCUUCUACAGCUUUGCUGCUCAAUAUCCCAAAGAAAAAAAAAACCCAUGGAAACACCAGCUCCAUGGGCUGUACACGAAAACGAAUUUAAAUACUGGGAUAGGGCUUUAAAAAUCUGAUCCGAAAUGUUGAUUUUGAGAAAAAUACCGUGAAAAGACGGAACUGUUCUCAAAAAGUAUGAAACCUUGAGGAAAAGCUUACCACGUGGGAUGGAUUAACUUGAAUUGUAUGCUAUCAAAAUUUAGUUCCCGUCGUUUGGAAAAGGUUUCGAACUCAAGUAAUGAUAUCCACUUCUGUAAAGUAUCACUUGUUAUUUUUCUAUUUGCAGAGAAAUGCGGCACAAUCCAUUAACAACAAUCGAAGGAAACGCUUUCCAAGGCCUUAAAAAGCUUAGAGAGUUGUAAGUUUUUCAUCGCUUUCCCAGUGUCCGAUGUUUGCUUUGUCGUUCGAGCAUUCUUCUAUCUCUUUCAAACCUUCCUUUACUGUAUACUCAUGGUUUUUUCUUUUUUGAUCUUUGCAGAGUAUUAAAUAGCAACGAUAUAAAAGUUCUUUAUAAAGACUCUUUCCAAGGAAUCUCUCAAAUAAAAAGGAUGUAAGUACUUAGAUAAAUCUUGAUUUCCCUCUGCCAUCAGUUUAUAUGUCUUCAUGUUGUCACAACAUGUUCUUCUUCAAGAAUUCAAAAUUAAUCGUAGAAGCUUUCAUUUUGCAGUCAUCUUUCCCAUAACAAUUUGCAAACGCUUCCGAAAGGAUUAUUUGACGAUACAGUUAACCUGGAGUACUUGUAAGUUUUUAGAAUUAUUGUAAGUUUACGAAAUUACGUACUUAAGCUUUAAAAUCUAUUUUUAGGUAGCUUCGUGGAAAUUUUGUGUAAUAAAAUUGGUAUGACACAAAUGCUGCACCUCAACCAUAAAAAUAGGGAAAACGAAAAUUCCUUAGUCUUUUUUUUAGCACACGCCGGGUGGUACUUUUUAAGAAGGACUUCAUCUUCCCAUAACCUUAUAUGGUAAGAGGUAGCUGCUUGUACACUACGACAUUAUCAGACAAUCCUAGCAAUACCAAGAUUGAUCAUAAUGAAAACAAUAAUAGUUUGUUGAUAAAGACGCCAAAUUUCAAGAAAGGAUAUACCAAGUAAUGAACAAGCUGGUUUACGAAUAUAAUUUGGUUUUAUCAACUGAGUUUAUGGUGUAAACUAGCCAAAGCUGAUAUUUCGUUAGCGUUAGCCCUUCCGGAUCUCUGACGCUUCGCCUUGUUCUGACGGAGGGUUAACGCUCAAUACGUCAGCUUUGGAAACUCUUUACAGCGGCCAAUUUACUGUCAUUAUCAACCUAAUUGAUACAACCAUAUUAUCUUGUAAUAUUCUACAUUAACGCAGUACCACAGUUUCCUUAGAAACUUACCCCCUUUAUUAUUUGCAAAGGGAGAGAGAAGAUUAGCACCGAUUUCAAAAGAAGGACUCGAAUAUUUCCGAUAUUUUUCAAGAUACACCUUAUUGCAAUUACGUUUUAUAGAAUAAUGCCCACAACAAUAAAUAAUCUCCUUAUGGACUUACUGUAGCUGCGAAAAUUGCUUAUAAACUGAUUUCUGUUAACUUUAUAUGAUUUACGAAAUUCACUUUUCAUCUUUUUCACGUCAGCCAUGGAGAGUCUGCCGUGUCUCGGGGAACUGCUCAUGUUAAUACAUAUAUUGAAAUUUGCUUUUUGUUCGCUUUUUUUUCGUUGAAAAUGUUAUUGCAAUUAGGUGUAUACCUCCCGAAGUAGUAUCGAAAUUAUAGUUCGAGUUGGUAUGGGGAUCUUUGACAAUUCUCAACCAUUUCUACUUCAUUUUGCAUAAUCAAUAUUAAUAGUUAUUUUUUUAUGUUUUGACAGAUCUUCUUUCUAUUGUAACUUUUUUUUAGUUCCGACUAUUUGUUAAGUAAUGAGAUAUAUCAGUAAACCUAUAUUGCACUGCAAUGCACUGAAAAGCAAUAUGGUGCACGGUGGUUAAAUCCUUUCGCCCUAGCGAAAAAUUACGAUAAAAGUGGAUUACACUGUAUUACUGCACUGCACCACACUGUGAUGUACCUUAAACUUAUGCACAGUACCAUAAAUUUGAAUAAGAAAACUUUUUUUGAGCACACAACAACUGACACGAAUUCAACAUUUAUGUUUUCUAACGCUUCAAAGCUUUUACACGUAACAAUCUAAUUUCUAAUCCUUGCACUCAACUAACACUGUCAAACCACGAUCGGAGUGAAUAUUACUAAUCUAGUUUCAGUGUUCAUCGUGACCUUGUUUAACAUUUCAUGCCAUGAUUUCAUCCGCCUCUAUUAGGAGACUUGACAACAACAAAAUAACUUCGAUAUCUUCCACUCUCUUGGCAAGACAUGGGGAGUUAUCAAUUUUGUAAGUGCUCAGUAGUGAACUAAGAGAUGUCUCAAAACUCAAAGCUAACAACAACAUUAACAUGUUUUUCGUGCUGCAAAUCAUUUACGAUCAUAUAAUUGCAUUUAACUGAUUCGCGCUGAUUUACAUUCAUACACCGUUCCCUACACCCUGUGGUUGCAACCUUUGGGAAAGAUAACCAUUUUCUGAACAUGGGAAGCUUUUUAAUUGCCAUUAACAUGGUUGGAUGCCGUUUGAAAAUCGCUCGGGGCCGAUUGGUUUGAGUGUACUACAAUAGAAAGGAAUAUUACGCUCGAUCAAGCAGGCAUUUUAGGGUGCACUUUGUCGUUCGUGUUUGCUGUGACUCUGUUGUCAACUCUGUCGAGUGAGCCCUCUUAACGGCCAUGGGGAAGAAAGGAAACCACUCACAAUGGCAGUUGCAAAGGCAUUUUCUGCCCCCUGAUUCUCGAAGUUUUGAAACGGUUAAUCGGAAUCAAGAGACUUCGUCACUACGUUGAACUGAUUGCUCUCGAGCCAAAUGGCCCAUAAUGCCUCAGGGUUUAAGCCGAUCUACGUAACAUUAUUUUCCCUCUACCCAUCUAUACUCCUGGGGGGUGAAGAGAGGCAAGCCAAGAACACAACACAAUGACCCGGCCAGGUACUGGAUCCGAAUCUCCCAAUACGGAAUUAAGUGUUCCUUACCUUGAAGUCUUGAACUACGUUACUGUGCGCUUUUUGAUUUUUGAUAAUCCCUUCUCGUGUUUUUCAUGUUUCAGGGAAUUGAAGGAUAAUCAGCUUACUGAGUUUCCUUUAGAACUUCUCAAGAACUUAACUAAAUUAUCUACUCUGUAAGUAGAAAAUCAUGGUUGUGUUUAACUUAUUUUUACUAUUUCAUUACUUUGUCACCAAAGCCUCGUCCCAUAAGUGUAUUAUACUUGUGUUGGAAUACCUGAACCACCUUGAAAGAGCAAUUGUUUUCAUAAGUGUCGAGAGAAGUAGAAGAUUUUAUUGGUUUUGCUCAACUUCCAUCUGUGAUUUCUUCAGGAAACUCGCGCCAUUUUCUGCACCACUCAGCUUCAAAACUUAUCAAUCGCAACAUGGACAACCGCGUUUUCCCGCGCUUUGAGCAGUUUGCUUGUUUUCACUUUGAGUUCUUAUUGGCUCUUCACGGUAUUUUCCUUUGCUCUCUGAUUGGCUCUUGUGAUUCCUUUGGUUUUGGUUGGACGACGCUCCAAUGAAAAGCGCUCUUGUUCUACCAUGCUGAUAAAGUAUGGUACAAUGUCCUUCAGACACUUUCAUUAUUUUUCCUUUUGAUAAUUAAGAUCUGGCAUUGCAACCGUUGUCACCUCGGCAGAGUUUUUGUGGCUGCAUCGCAUACUUAUACCCAAACAUAAUUUUUUUACUACAGCCCCUCAUCACACAAUUGCACCAUGCGAACGUGAUCUGAAGGUUUCAUUGUUAUUUUUUGCAGUCUUUUGGAUGGCAAUCUUUUCACCACGAUCCCCUACGAGGCCAAGGAGAUAUUCGAUAACAUAGCCCAGCACCAGCGUUCAACUAUGUGAGUACUUGAAAAUGUUCUGCAAAUUUAAAAUCUAUCGAACAAAAAAUCGGAAGUGAAUUACGUUUGCGUUCAAGAAACAACUGGGAAAAUACAUCGAAGAUUUCGAAACUCGGAUCGUGUGACGUUCUAUAGUUACAAUUAUUAUGUGUAAAAUACGUACGAUCUGGGAUUAAAAGGAUCACUGUUUUAUUACAUUAGCAGAAUCAUACUGAAAAUGAUCGAAUUUUGAGUAUCUUUAAGUGCUAAGGGAUAAUGCUUUUACUUCGUAAAAAUCGUUCAUUUUAGGUGCAAAUUGUAGAUAUAUCUUUCAUCUUCAAGAGGCCGUGCGUUUAUUUAGAAAUAAGCACUUCUAAAACUCAGAAAAGUGGGUUUUACGAAGCCUAGUGGGCAAUUUUGGCCUAUUCUUCUCUAAGUUAGAGCUCUUUCGCUCUUUAAAACGAGGUUGCGUUCAAUUUGCCCCUAUAUCAGUUAUAUUUGAUUAAUGAUUAAUGAUGUCCACGUAUUCUGCCCGAUGUGACCCUUAGCAGAAAACCGAAUCAUCAAAAUCGCUGUUACAAUAGUUGGUGCUAGUUUCUCCUGUACAAUGCAACUUUUUCCCAAUUUAUUUCAGUAAAUCUUUUACAUAACAGUUUUAAUGUAUUUAAACUUUUUCUUGCUUCAACGGUUGAAAGAAUGCUGACAUGUUUAUGUUGUGACUUCAGUUUGGCUCUAGACUGAUCAGUUAUAUUAUUGCAUACUUUCGUCGUGUUUUGCGGCUUAUGUGAAUGCAAAAAGCCAGAACUGAACUGUUCAGGUUUCCACUUAACUUCCCCUCAGCACUAAACAAUAAUGGUUGAUGCAGCGCAAGUAGUGCUGGAACAAUGGCUGGGAAGAAUAAGGAAGAAGUGGCAUUAACAAUUACACCAUGAAUUCUUCUGCACAUGACAUUAUCUCUUCCAUGAGUCAAAGCAUAUCCGUUGCGAAAAAAAAAAGGCGUUUAUGAAAAACAUAUAACGAAAGGCGUUUAAAUGUAGCACUGAGCUGACUUAAAAACUACGCACUCAUUACGUGCGAUCUCUUGACGUUUUGACCUCGAAGAGUGACUAGCAUCUAAUUUCUCCUUACAAUAUCAUCCCUGAAUCACACAUUAAGGUCAUGAGAAUAAAGGAAAUGAUCUCAAAGUCAAGGGACUCUCGACCAUUAAACAAAUUUUCCUUGUCAGUAAUUUUCAUUGUCUCUUAUACAGAGGGCUUUCCCGUAAUCCACUGUUGUGCACCCAGGACCUCAAAUGGCUUCAGACUUGGAUUGACCUCCAUCCAUCGGUCCACUCUGUGGACGAGGUCAUGUGUCAAACACCUGUUGGUAACUGGAGCAAAGUGGCUACUUUUAACUUCAGUCUCUUGGGUAAGAUUGUUUCUUUGUUUCUGGGUCUUUCUAUAAAUUUGCUCGAUCGCGUGAGUACAGUUGAACAUCCGGUGCUACUAUGACCCGAAGAAUACUGUUAGUGUCAGCUCAUGGGGGGUGAAAUUAUUAGGGUGAUGAUGAGGUUUAAGACAUUACUUGGUGUAUGCUUGCACGGAGAUUUCUAUUUGUGGAGGUUCGCAUUUCAUCACUUUCUUGAUGGCUCUACAUUAUCAAAGCUUAAUUUGUCUUAUUCCAACCGCGCCCCUUUUGAAAGGUUUCCUCUGUCAUCUGAUUGCAAAUGAAUGAACUCUUAGUCCACAGAGGAAGCUUUGUCGCCGAAAUUUUCAUUUCUAGUUAGGAAUCGACAGCUUCCAUCAUGCUGUUUUUAUUUAUUGUUUUUAUCCCUGCAAAUUUUCAGAAACAAAUCCAUGGCCGAAACCUGGAGUGAUAAGCGAACAUACGACUUCGUCUACACUAUCAUUACAAACCACAUAUACGUCAGCAUUCAUCAAAUUAGCCGCUACGUCAUCAACUACAUCACAGGCUUCCACUAUGGUCACGUCAUCAAUUAUCUCACCGGCUACGUCAUCAGCGACAUUAACUACGUCAUCAGUUGCAUCAUCAAACACCAUUACGCCUUCCCCUUCCUCCUCGUCAAAUUCUGCAUCAUCGACGACAGUCGUCACAAGCCCUCCGGAAACAACAGAAACACCAAAUACAUCUAAAGAGACUGAUGACGUAACCACAAUCUCUACAACUCAAGAAAUUACGGAAAAAAGUAUUCCACCAAAAUCGUCCGACACUGUGACUGCGGGCUCAAAGGUAGAUGUUUCCACAACAUCAAUCGAAAAAGGUGAGCCAGGUUAAUCCUCUAACUCCCAGGAGUGACUAACAUAGAAUUUCUCCUUACAGUAUCAAUACGAUAUCAAGCAGGAAAGUGAUAAGAAUUAAGAAAGAGACAAAUUAAGGGAAUUUUAGUUGAUCCAAUACCAAAUUCUUAAUACUAACGACAUAAGAAAUAUAUGGAGGACAGUAAGGAGAAUUAAUAAUGAGAUCUUGGAAGUGAAAAGGUUAAGGCAUUUCUCUAUCAUUCAUCAAAAUUCUAGUAAUAUUCUUCACUGUGUCUAUCGGCUUUAGUUGCUCAAAUUGACGGAAGUGGGCAGUGUUACUAGACAAAUUCAAAACAUUUUCGAUUCGUUUUUUUUAAUCAGAAAUUAUGAGGGCACUCGGAAAACGGUGACGACAUCACGUCGUUAUCAACUUCUAACGAUAUCCCAGUAAGCUCAACAAAUAUUGGAAUAUAAUUUUGUGUUUCCCAUUGAUUGAACAAUAGCUGACACAAUUAUUACUCAAAGUUCAGACGCAGUGACUGUUUGAGUUGCAAGCAGCCGCGAUGACAAGAUGAUUUUGAAGGAAGAGAAUAUCAGAACAGUCACAAUUAAAAUUACUUUUAUUUAUAAGCUAAUGUAUCCACAGCACCAGUAUCAAUUGUGUACACUAAACAAGAAUUCACAUAAACCCACAAUAUCUUAUUGUACCGGAAAUAACUUGAUGCAAUUUUACACUACAGUGAUAAAAUUCCACAGAAAAAUUAAUAUCGACUUUUGCAAAUGAUGCUGUUGACUAUAAAGGUUAUGUAAAGGAAAUAAAUUUUAAGCAACUAUCUUCCGAAAUUUCGAACCUUAUAUACAGUCCGUUUUUCCUUUCUUUCCUCUUUACAGGCCCACCGGCGGUUUUGUUAAAUUUAUUAUUAAGAAAUUAUGGAUAGAUCUCAGAGAUGCCAAGUCUUCAUUUUUCUGACGGAUUUUUUUUCCAACCUUAUUAAUUUAGAGAGUGCCUCAAAAGGAAAGCCAUUAACCAGGAAUCAAGAAGUAAUUCUCUCAGCUUCCCUAGUCAGCGUUUGUAUGAUUGCAAUAGUUGCUGUCGCGAUGUAUUUUUUCAGGAAAAAAGUACUCGUCCGUCAGAAAGCGUAAGUAAAUCAACAGUUUUAAAAAGUCCUCCUACGAACGAGUUUAGCCUAGCACUGAGUCAGACUUAUCUGGGAGAAUAUUGCUAUAACUUCGCUAUUAUGGCAGCUGAGGACUGGCACGUUUUCAUAAGAAACUCCUGCAGGUUUUAUUACACAUCGAGAACGAACGUCGCAACCACGUGACCUAAAUGAAGACUGAGACUGCGGCGAUGUUUUGAAGGCCGGCAAUCUAGCAACCAUCUGAGACUAGCCUGUAGAGUAGGCCCUCGUUAUCAGCCUCGGCCCUAGCGUCCUGAGCAAAACGAGCUGGCACCGAUGAUAAGCCGGACCCAGACCCUUUGCAGACCUAUCCGUGACUUCCUUUGUUCGAGGGCCCAUUCGCAGGCUAUCUGGAAUAAGAUGGGUAGCCAUUUAUGUCAAAAUUUCGUUAAGAUUCGCCGUUGAAUUUAAAUGCAGUUUUAUGACAAGUUAGUGCGAGAAGAGAUCGACAACUUAACUUUGAUAAGAAUGUGAAAAUUCUAUACCAUUUAACCCGCAGGAGUUUUUAACUUGUUAUUUUACCUCUCAAUUUUAAACCAUUAUCUAGCAAACAGUGCAGAGAAUGAACAGCUUAUCAGCUCAAGGAUGUUCUCUUGAUCUAACUCAUAUUCUCCGAAGCGACUUGUAAGGAAAUAUACGUCAGCCUGAAGGGAGAAUCUCUUACCAGAUCUUGAGUGACCGAUGUUGUCUCUUUUCAUUUUAGAAUCAAUGCAAGGCUUCCUAAGAUGAUGUACGAUCGUGUGAAUGCGGUGUAAUUGAAUGAAGGAUGAGAAGCGCUAUGAAUCACGAAGUGAUUGCUAUUUCCAGCACCGGGUCUGGAAAUGCAACAGAUUAGCUGAAUAUAUCUUCCAAAGAUAGGAUUAAAUAGAAAGAGCAACAUUAGCUGAGCCUGCUACAGCUGAUAAAUUCGGAGAGUGGGAGAAAGAGCAAAUGCUGACAGAGAACGGCACGGUAAAAUAGAAAAAAAGACAUUGAGAAAGUUAAAACCACAACAUUAGCGUUGCCAGUGAAGAAGUUGCGUUAUUCGUUGCAUAGAACAUCGUGGUAAAAGACGAACACAAACCGCUCCUACAUGGAUUUUUAUCAAGUAUUAAAAAUCAUGAAUUUUCUUUAGCCAUAUUCAUAACAGUGACAGCCGGAGAUGCGACAUUCUAAUUAUUUUUUUUUUUUUAAUUCUAGUAUAGUUUAGAGAUACUGUUUGAAAAGUUUUGAGAAAACAAACUGUAUGUUAUACAUACUUAUGUGAGGUUCAAUAAAAAUUUAUUUGGCCCUUAAUUUGAUAAGGGGUU